AUGGCCUCCCAUCCUGCGAAGCGCAAACCUGCUGCUCCCAACAACAAUUUCUCCGCCGCCGCCGCCCGCAAACGCCAAAAAACAUUUGAUGCGCGCUCGCUCGCCGUGCAGGCCGCCGACGCGGCACUAUCUGCCUCCGGCGAACUAGAUGUCGCUGCGUACGUGGAAGCAAGGGAAUACGAGAUCCGGUCGCUCGAGUCGGGGAUCCAGCGAUCGAAGAAUGCGUUGACGAGUCGGGCGUUCCAGAAGGUGCCGAGGUCUUUGAGGAGACGGACUGCGAGUCAUAAUGUGAAGAGGGUACCGAAGAGAUUGAGGGCGAGGGCGAAAAGAGAGAUGAUAGAAGACAACACCCCCACGGUAUCAUCACGAACCCGCAAACCCACCGAACAAAUGCGCAUUCGGCUCGAAACCGCCCGCCGACUACAGAACCUGAACGCGAAGACGAAAGCCAAGCGCACGGCCCUGAAAGAUCAGCGAGAUAAAGAGGUCCGGAAGACGUUGGAAGAAUCAGGUAGUCAUGCGUAUGACAUUGCGCCCCGGGUGCCCAAAAUCAAGAAGAAUAAACUGUCGAGGCCGAAUCCGCCGGAAGCCAGGUUCAAGAAACGCCAGCAGUGCAAGACUUGGUUGCCGACGCAUAUGUUUCAUGCCAAGAGGGCGCAUAUGGCUACUUCUAAGGAUCCGUUGUGGCGGUUUGCGGUGCCGUUGUCGCCUACGGAGAAGAGCUAUCGGCCUACGCAUCGGGCGAGGGGGUCGAGGGGCGCGGUGGCGUGGGAUAUGAGCUAUCUGGCUACAGUUCAGUUGGAGGGGACGGUGGGGGCGAUUGAGGGGGUGUUGAGGGCUGUUGGAGUUGAGGGGGAAAAGGCGUGGGGUGUUAAAGGGAGGAAGUGGAGGGGUGGCACGAGGGGUUUGCGUGCUUGGGCAUAUGAGUGGGAGGGUGAGAGGAGGCCGAUUGCGCCGGUUACGUUGGUUUGGUGUGCUGAGGUGAAAGGAGAGGAUGUGGAGAUGGUGGAUGCUGAUGAAAGUGGGAAGCAGAGGAAGGGAAAGAAGGACUGGAGGAAGGUGUUUGUUCGAGUGCAUCCGUCUGCGUUUUUGCAGUUGUGGAAUGGCCUCCUGGGUGUCUCGAAGAAGCAGAACCCUCCUGUUAUGGUCGAGGAUUUGCGGUUCGAGAUUGGCAGUAUCGAAAUUACUGGUCCCGGCGCAACGGAGGCAUUGCUCGCGUCGUUCAAGCCGGUUGCUAUGGAUGGGAAGGAUAUUGCUGAGGAUAGUCCGGAGGCUAUUUGGACUUCGCUCCUUGGGGUAACGAACCCUGCAUCUCUGCCGCAGGACGCAGUCCUUGGGUUCUCUGUCUCCGACCCUCGCCUCGAAUUUCCGCCCAAGACUCUGAAGCCGUCGUCGUCAGACGAUGAGAUGCAACGGCUGGCUAUACUACUUUCGUCGUGGUCGCCAGACAACACGCAGACAGCCCCUGCUCUCUUCGAUCGUCGCACCCGUCUAGCUGCCGCACGCCAGCUGCCUAGCCAAAAGGCUAUCAAUCGGCGUCGUUCCGAAGCUGGUCCUGGUGUACGCCCGCCCGCCAAAGAUACCGACCCCAAGGUACCUGUGAUGGUUCUCGCCAGUCGACCUGCUCACUCCAAGAGCAGCAGCGCCCCUGGAACCUGGACUGUCCUUCUCCCAUGGAAGUGUGUGCUUCCUUUUUGGUACUCGCUAAUGUACUAUCCUCUCUCGAGCGGCGGAAACCCGAGAUUCGGCGGUCUGAAAGAGCAGCAGCAACUCUCAUUCGAGUCAGGAGAGCCUUGGUUCCCGGGAGACUUUCCAGGAACCCGCGCUGGCUGGGAAUGGGGCCUGCGUGAGCGAGAAGAAGCGAAGCGCGACUGGGAGCGACGCCCCAAGGGACGCAGAACCGAGUUCGAGAGCGUCGACCUGCGGAAUGGUCAAAAGGGCGAGAUAGGACGCGGCUGGGCCUGCGACUGGGAAAGACUCAUUCAGGGAGCACCAGAGACGAGCAGUACAACAGACAAGGAACAACCCGAAAUCAAAGCCGACGACACCACCAGCCCUCAAGACAACAACACCAAUGCCAUCCACCCACCACUGAAUAUCCACCAACUCUCAACAUCUGAAGCAGCACGCGCCCUAACCGACGCCUCAAACACCCCCAUCAACACCUCAGCCCUAGCAACUGUCAAACUUACCCUCCUCAACCGCGGCACACCCACACCCCGAGCCCGCAUCUACCGACUCCCUACCACCGAUCCCGAGCUCCGCCAGAAUUGGCUCUCGCUGUCAUCAAACAAUUCCAACGAUAAUCUUAGGGAUCAGCUGAAGAAGAAACAAUCUCCUCGCGCCGCCCCUCUCGGCGAAGAAGAUGUCCGGCAACAGCUCGCUGCAUCGCUUAUCACCCCGUCUGCGGAUGAUGAUGUCCGUCAAAAUCACUUGCCGGUUCCAACUGAGGAAGAUCUCAUUGGCUUCGUCACGACGGGCAAUUACAACCUUGCGGAAGGAAAGGGUACGGGUAUUGGAUCUGUUCUGUUGUCGAAGGUGGGGAAGGGGAAAGCGAGUGGCAGGAAUAUGUGUAUUAUAAGGAGUGCGGGGGAGACCGUGGCGAGGGUGGGAUUUUGGGAGUUGGUUUGA